AUGAUUUGUCCUACAGACAAAACAGACUCUAGGAGAGAAACCCUUGCGCCGCAACACUUUACUGCACACUACACCUAUUCAAGUACCAAAUCUCUCUUCUUUUCCAGGAGUGAGCAGUCCUACAACCGCACAGUACAGUCCGUAUCAUCAGUAGAUGCUCUGGCUGUCCCCUGGAGCGCGGUGGAGGCAAGACUGGCUCUACCCUCGGCUCUUGGAGUAGCCGGCAUCCCUGCACUGGUCCUGACCUCGCCUACUGGCAGUGUGCUAACUGUCAAUGGAAGGACGCAUCUCGCUGCUGAUCCUUUAGGACUGAACUUCCCAUGGGCGGCGCGGCCGGUGUCGGUGCUGACGGAGCAGGCGCUGCUGAAGAUGGCUCGACACGCCGCGCUCGUGCUGUUCGUCGACGACGAGGACUCCGAGAUCGAAUUCGCCGAGUCAGUGCUCACACCAUCCGCCGAAUCGUACUACGAGGAGUGCAGCAUCCAGUACCCAGGCUUCUGCCCCUACCAGAACUCCUCCGACGACGAAACCAUGGACUUCGACUACCCCACCUCCAAACAUUCCCGCGUCAAAAAGAAAUCUUUCAAGCACGUCAUGUUCUACAUUGGGAUAGACGGGACAGACAGCGCUGACAUGCUGAGAGAGCACAUCGGUCUUGAUGACGCUGUCCCGCUCUUAACUGCCAUAGACUUCCCCAAGCAGAGGAUGGUGACCAUGAACUAUGGAGACGAGAUUACCACGGAUUCUGUGCAGAAUUUCGUCGAUGCGUACCUUAGUGGUAACGCGGACUUCAAGCCUUUGAAGCCAUAUAGUGAAAAAUGUUAGAGGACUGAUGAUUGUUUGUAGCGAGUACGUUUUUCCAUAGAUAUGAAUAAAUGAUAUUGGAUCAUUUUGUAUGAUUAAGUAAUUUGGAUUCUAAUUAUGACACGCUGUAUUGAUUGUAUUUCUGAAAUGAAGUUACAGUUGUUUACGUGGAUUCGUGUUAUUAAAAUAAAAACUCGCUACGAAACGAAAUAAAAUAUGUUUAAAUCAGACUUUUAUAAAAUAGUUUCAUUCAUUGUUAGUAGAGAGUAGAGAAUAGCGUAAUUUUUUGUAUUACAGACCAAAUACAUUUUAGAUUUGAGAUAUUGUUUUAUUUAUUGUAUAAAAUAAAGGCUAUAAUAAUAUUUUAUUCUAGUGACUUGAUAGUAGGAAAUCCAAAUCGAUAUAGUGCAAA